AUGAAUAUUUAAUUGACUGAUAUAUUGACAGCUUAUGAAGCUGAGCAUUAUAUUGAAGCUCUUCAAAUAUUUGAGAUUACUGAAUUAGGAUGCAAAAAGUAAAAAUAUUUAAUAUAUAGGUGGUUCGCAUAAGAUGAGGUUUUAUAAAAACUUAAUUUUUAAGCACACAUAAAUGCCAUAACUAGAUCUGACGAAUUCAUUAUGGAAGCCUUCUGUACCUUUGACAAAAUCAAACCAUUAAUCUAUGAUUUAAUAAUGACUGAAAUGUGGAAGCAAUAUGUGUUCCCUUAUUUGAAAUCUCAUUUUACUGAAUUGUCAUCAAUUAGAUCUUACACAGUACUUUAACAUGAAGCUAUUGUCUGCAAUUUAUUAUAAAUUUGCUUAUUUCACAGAACUUCGAUAGAUGCAUCAGAAGGUUAUAUUCUUGAGAUAGUGGAUUAUUGCUAUCGAAAAUUAACAGCUUUACUAUAGAAGUACUGAAUUGUAAAAAAGAUUUAGGCCACCUGCAAAAAAGAUUGAGAAAAAAAGCAUUGAUUAUUACAAGAAUAGAACGAAAGAAGCUGAAAUAGAUGAACAAUUUUAGAAUGUAGAGUUUUAAAUUCAAAUGAUGUGUUUAAGCAUCAUAAGAUUCAUAACUGAUCAUUUAAAGCAUUUGCCAAUUAAUAUCUUACACCAAAUUAUUGUUGAAAAUGACUUUUUCUUUUUACUAGUCCCUUUGAUUGAAGAGAAACCUUGGUUGAGAAUUAAUCCUAAUAAUGAAAGAGAAGUAUUUGAAUAAUCAAAGUGGGUUACUUUAAAUAAGGAAGAUUAUAGUAAACUACCUAAAAUUGAAGCUUAAUUGUGGAUUACAAUAUAUAAUUUAUUCAUGGAUCCAGAAAGUAGAAGGAAAUAUGAAUUGAAUGAUUUUAAAAAGAGUAAUUUAUUAAGAUUAAGGAAAUUUAUGAAUGAAUUGCUUUUGGAUUAGAUUCCCCAACUUGUGGAUAUGUUGAGGUCUUUGGAAGAAUUAUCCCUAUUGUAAGUACAAACUUAGAGUAAAAAUACUAUUGUAGUACAGUAAUUGCCAGAAUUACGUUUAGCAAUAUGCAAAGAUAAGAAUUGGAGCUCUAUUGCUUAAAAAUAAAAAGAAGAGUAUUUCCAAAUAGAUGAUCCAAGUAUAAAAGAAGGUAUUAUAUAUUCAUAUUUUAAUAGAUAUCAAAAGAAUGGCUGAAUUAUAUUCCAAUACAGUGUUUGAAGGUAUUAUUGAUGGAUUUAAAUGUGAGAAAUGUACAAAGGAAGCUACAAAGAGAUGUUCUCGUUGCAAAUAAGUGUGGUAUUGUAGCAAAGAUUGCUAAGUUGGUGAUUGGCCAAAACAUAAGGUCAAUUGUAAGACAACUACGACAUAAAAAUAAGAAGACUCUAAGUAAGUAGAGAAGUAAUCAGAUAAAUUAUUGGAUCAAAUUGAUUGA